AAAAAAAAAAAAGGGAUCAAGAUCCUCUCGAUUCAAUUGCUACAUUUCGAAAUUGGGAGGCAUCUCACCAUGGAACCCUCUGCAAUUAGUCUCAUUAUAGUUCAAGGCCCUCGCGAGGGCGAAACCCUAGAUUUUCCACCUGGAUCGACGAUUCGAAUCGGUCGCGUUGUUCGGGGAAACUCCAUUGCCAUCAAAGACGCCGGCAUCUCCACCAAGCACCUCUCUAUUGAAUCCAAGUCUAUUGCAGGCAAGUGGGUGCUUCGGGACCUCGAUUCUUCUAAUGGCACCUUUGUUAACGACACCAAGCUUCCUCCACAAGACGCCUUCGUUCUAAACGAUGGCGACACCAUUAAAUUCGGUGAGUUGACUUCCAUUUUAGUUAGAUUAAACAGUAAUGAAGAGUGUCAGUCGAGGCGAAAUCCAAGGCGGAAGGCUGCUGAGAAGUGUAAUGGUUCGGAUAUGGUGGGAUCAGUUGCUGAAACUGGGAGUCGAAGAGGAAAGGUCGUGGAAGAGAUCAGCGUACUUAUGGGAGCUAAUGACGCGACGUUGGAGAGUGGAAGAUGUCGAAGGGGGAGAAAGGGCAAGGGUGUGAAAGGUGAUAUUACUAGCCAAGUACCGGACUGCAAGAAAAUUGAGAGCAAUUUAGAUGUGGGAAGAGCGCCAGAAAAUGUGAGCGACAUUGGAAACGAAUCCAGCCGGAAGAUUAUUACUAGAAGUACUCGUAGAACGAAAAACAUUGUGUCUGUGGCCACAGAUUCAGUUCUUGAGAGUGUUCCCGAGAAUUCAUGUGUGGGUGUUGAAGUAAAGGCUGUGGCAAAAAAGACGAGAGCGGGAACUAGAGGAAGAAAGAAAUUGCAAAAGGAGCCACCGGAUUGCAGUACAGUCAUAAAAUUGGAACCCAGUGAAAACGUCGAGCAGAAGAGCUUAGAAGAAACAUGCAGUGGGUCUAGCCCUCAAAAGGUUUGUGAUCGAGAUGAAAGCGAAAAUGUACUUAUUAUUUCAGAAAAUUGCAAAGAGGUUGAUGACCGGAGAGCUUCUCACGAUGAGGACUUUCUUUGUAAGGCCGAGAAGGCGCCAUAUUUGAAGAAGAUGACACUUGGGGAGUGGUUUGAUUAUUUGGAGACCCAUUUGCCUAAACAAAUCAUUGAUGCAACUGAAGAGAUAAUUUCUGGUAUGAGAAUUAAAUCUGCACGAGUACGGGAGUAUGUUGCACAGCAGAAGUCUGAGAAUUGCCGGGGAGGUUAGUGCAAGGAAAAACACUGGUGUACGAGGUAACCCUUUUGUUUUCUCAUUUGAUUUAACAUUUUGUACAGAUCCUUCUUGUUAGAGACACCUUCUUGAUCCUUUAAUAUAUCAUUUAUGAUGUCCCGCGUAAAAUUUCACUGUUUAUGUGUCAAUCAAUUUAGAUGGCGACUUGCUCUGGCUUAGACAUAUAGCUUUAGUUGGAUUAGGAACUGUAUCUCGGGUGAUUAUUUAUGAAAACUGAUGAAAGUUUUCCUUCAUUGAAGCUAGGAAACGACAUGUUGAUUUAAUGGCUUUGAAACUCUCCAUGUAGCCAUAACAAGCAUUGUAAUUUAUGAGAAACUAUCAUAGAAAUUUGGGCUUGUCUAUUA